AUGGACCAGCCGCAGAGUGGACUCCCGUCCCCGCCAAGCCCAGCUGUGCGCAAGCCCAAUGCCAAUGCCAAUGCCGUCGACACGAACCCGACCAGGCUUCUCGCUUUCUACGGCACCUGGAAGUGCUUCCUAUUGAUCGUUGCAGCUGCCAGCCCUGGACCGGGCUACGACACUUCCACCCAGAUCCUUUUCCGACAACAUGCAGAUACAGCCACUUCCUCCCAAUCCUCCCUCACAGCCAUCCUACACCACAUCGAGGCGAAGCUGACACGAUGGGACGCCAUCUAUUUCACCACCUCAUCGCAACGUGGUCUGCUCUAUGAACAGGAGUGGGCUUUCAGCCCUACCUACGCCAUCGCGACCUCGACUAUCGCCAGAAGUGCGUCAUAUCUGUACACCUCGCCGAGCAAUCGUACCAAGGCUAAGUAUCCUCUCAGUUUUCCCUUUCGUCUCCACUUCAUCCAUCACCAACCAUGCCCUUGCGGGAAUCCUAUUUUCUCACAUAGCACACUAUCUCACAGCCAUCGCCCUCUAUCGUCUGGCCUACCAACUGCUCCCAUCGAACGACGGUGAAAAGCGCAGGAUAGCUUUCAUCGCGUCAUGCCUGCAUAUCCUGUCGCCUGGCGGGCUCUUCCUCUCCGCACCGUAUGCCGAAAGUACCUUUGCUGCGCUUAAUUUCUGGGGCUCCUACGCCUAUUUCCUCCACAGCAGAUCCCAUCCUCGUGGCAUUGCAGAAGCGAUUUUUGCUGCCUGCGGUCUAGUGGCUGCCGGAGGGUGCUUCGGUGCUGCAUCGCUCAUUCGCAGCAAUGGCAUCCUGAGCGGCCUCGUGCUGGCUUGGGACGCUAUGGCUUGCUUGCCAAAGAUACCAGCCAUCAUUCAGCAACGCCUAUGGCCGCAACUCAUUCAACUACUUGGUGUUCUGACUGGAGGCGUUGUAUUGGCUUGCCUGUACGCCAUUCCGCAGACCAGCGCAUAUCUGGAGUACUGCACCAAUGGCAAUACUCGCCCUUGGUGCGAGAACGUGUUGCCGAGCAUCUAUACCUGGGUGCAAGAACACUACUGGGGCGUCGGCUUUCUAAGAUACUGGACGCUCUCCAACCUGCCCCUGUUUCUCCUCGCAGCACCGAUGCUAGGCGUUUUACUCCUCACCGGCUAUGUCGCCCUGACCAGGAGCGAACUCAUCACUUCCACCCACUACGCUCUCAACCAUGGUGGCAAGACUAAACCUACCGCCGGAGAGACGCGCGCUUUCACGCACGCGAUGGCUCGGUUUGCCCUUCCUCAGGUCGUUCUCGCCAUGUUGGCGCUUACAAACUUCCAUGUCCAGAUCAUCAAUCGCAUUUCUUCUGGCUAUCCGGUCUGGUACAUCGUUCUUGCGAUUGCGAUGCAUGGUGCUGCUGCUGCUGCUCCCGAGGCCAGAAAGAGCACGCCAAUCCUGAAUUGGCUCAGUCGAAAGUCGGAAUGGAUUGUUCGAGGAGCAAUCAUGUACGCUGUGAUUCAGGGUGGCCUGUAUGCCUCCUUCAUGCCGCCAGCAUGA